GAAUAUAGAACCAGAACUUUUAAGAAUUAUUCUUAUAAAUAAAUGUUUAGAUAAAAUUGUAUUAUAUACUAAAAAUAAUAACAGGCUAUCUAAUUCUUUUACAAUACUAAAAGAACAAAUAUUAGAUGGUAGUAUAGCUAUUCCAGAUGAAUUUGAAUCACAAAAUCUUCUUUAA